AAAGGUCGGAUCUGCAACGCGUCAGUGAGAGCAGUUUUGCUCUAUGCUUGUGAAACCUGGCCUCUCCGAGUUGAGGAUGUUAGACGACUUUCUGUGUUCGAUCAUCGUUGUCUCCGAAGGAUUGCUGACAUUCAGUGGCAACACCAUGUUAGUAAUGCAGAGGUUCGGGCACAGAGACGAUAAUGCAAUUGGUGUCACCAUCUUGAAACACCGACUUCGGUGGCUUGGACAUGUUCUACGGAUGUCGUCCCAGAGAAUUACACGUCGUGCAUUAUUUGCCGACUCUGGGACUGGUUGGAAGAAGCGGAGAGGUGGUCAGUGCAUGACAUGGUGUCGUGGUAUGAAAGAAAGCUGCAAAGGACUGGCUUCUGUCGGUCCUUCACGACUCCCUGGUUGGGGUCCGAGAGAUGGUGCUACACAGUGGCUAGAGACGUUAUCAGAUAUGGCUCAGAAUAGAAGCCAGUGGCGAUCCUGCUGUAACCUUCUUUUACUUUCUUCAUAAAAAGUGGUUGUCUCUUCCUUAACUGAAGGAUUUCUUCUGAUUGUGCCUUUCCGUUUCCCCCACUAUUAUUAUUAUUAUCACACUUCCUUACACUAAUCUGGUCAUUAUUGUUCCUCUUCCUUUUUUGGUUUUACUCUCCUUACCUUCUUUUUUUUCUCCCCAUUCUCAUUGUUUUGUUUGGCGCAUAUAUAUUUGGUGCCCUUUUGUACCACUAUUUAUGUGUUCAAAUAAAUAAAUAAAUCGGAACACUGUGAAUCAUUGUUGAGCAAUUGAUUAGAUGGAACUCAUCACUAUUCCUUGACUACGGGAAACCACUCGAAAAUGUGGAUAAGAGGGCCUUUUGGGAUCUUCUCCUGCACUAUGGAGUGCUUGAAAAGAUCGUCACCACCAUACGGAACUCAUACGUUUGAUUGAACUUUAAAGUCAUACAUAGAGAACAGUUCACAGAUGCGUCUCAAGAGAAGACUGGUCACGGACAAGGCUGCUUACUCUCGCCCUUCCUCUUUCUUCUUCUUAUUGACUGAAUUAUGAAGAUCUUCAGAUUUCAGGAGAUGUACGCAAUGUAAUGGACAUUUUGAACGCAAGUUGACUAAUUGGACUUCGCAGUAUACUUAGUCCUUCUAUUCUAUACACUGCAGCAAAUAAAAACAAAUACUAUCGGUGUAACAGCAGGUUCUACAGCAGUCGGUCUCAACAUUCACAAGGAAUAGAGAAAAGUCUUGAAAUACAAUACAGCGAGUGCCAACUAAACCACAUUUUAUAGCAAAGCUCUGAAGGAGGUGGAAGCUUCUACAUACCUGGAUUGUAUCUUACUUACUUACUUACGCCUGUUACUCCCAAUGGAGCAUAGGCCGCCGACCAGCAUUCUCCAACCCCACUCUGUCCUGGACCUUCCUCUCCAGUUCUAUUCAAUUUUGUUCAUUCUUCUCAUGUCUGUUCCCAUUUCUCGACGUAAUGUGUUCUUUGGUCUUCCUCUUCUCCUUUGGCCAUGAGGAUUCCAAAUGAGGGCUUGCCUUGCGACGCAGUCGCAUGCUUUCCUCAAUGUGUGUCCUAUCCACUUUCAACACUUCUUCCUCAUUCCUUCCUCCACUGGUAUCUGGUUUGUUCUCUCCCACAGUAGGUUGUUGCUGAUAGUUUCUGGCCAACGGAUCCGAAGUAUUUUGCUUAGACAACUGUUAAUAAACACUUGUAUCUUCUGAAUGAUGGCUUUCGUAGUUCUUCAAGUUUCCGCCCCAAACAGUAGAACUGUCUUGACAUUUGUAUUGAAAAUUGUGACAUUGGUGUUGGCUGACAGACAGUUGUUUUGAGUUGCAGAUGUUCUCCAAUUGUAGAUAUGCUGCUCUUGCUUUGCCGAUCUGCAUCUUCACAUCUGCAUCAGAUCCAUCGUGUUCAUCAAUGAUGCUGUCCAGAUAUGUAAAGGUUUUUACAUCAUUCAAAGCUUCUCCGUCAAGUGUGAUUCGAUUGGCGCAUGCUGUGUUGUAUCGGAGAAUCUUGCUUUUCCCUUUGUGUGUGUUGAGACUUGCUGCUGCUAAGGCUGUUGCUACACUGGUCGUCUUCUGCAUUUGUUGUUGCGUGUGCGAUAGAAGAGCCAGAUCAUCUGCGAAGUCUACGUCGUCUAGCUGCAUUCUAGCUGUCCACUGUAUCCCAUGGUUCCCCCCAGAUGUUGACGUCUUCAUGACCCAGUCGAUCACUAGGAGAAAGAGAAAGGGUGAGAGUAAGCAACCUUGCCUAACACCGGUCUUCACUUCGAACGACUUUGUCAACUGUCCUCCAUGCACAAUUUUGCAGUGUAAUCCAUCAUAUGAGUUCUGUAUGAUAUUGACUAUCUUCUGGGGCACGCCGUAGUGUCGAAGAAGUUUCCAUAGUGUUGUUCUGUCCACGCUAUCAAAUGCCUUUUCGUAGUCAAUGAAGUUGAUGUAGAGUGAUGAAUUCCAUUCAAUUAAUUGUUCCACAAUGAUCCGUAGAGUUGCGAUUUGGUCUGUACACGAUCUAUCCUUACGGAAUUCUGCCUGUUGGUCACGAAGUUGGGCGUCUACGCAGUCCUUCAUCCUGUUUAACAAUACCCUGUUGAAGACUUUUCCCAGUAUUGAGAGAAGAGUGAUGCCCCUUUAGUUAUCACACUUGCUGAGAUCGCCUUUCUUCGGUAUUUUGAUCAGAAGUCCUUCUUUCCAGUCUUUUGGUACUUGUUCCUCAUCCCAAAUCUUAUUGAAGAGAAUGUGGAGUAUCUUUGCAGUUACCGGUACGUCUGCUUUUAGUGCCUCUGCUGGGAUGUUGUCUGGUCCUGCUGCUUUACCACUCUUGAUUUGUCUGAUGGCCAUGUUGAUUUCUUCAAUUGUUGGUGGGCCAACAUUGAUUGGGAGGUCCGUGGGUGCUGCUUCGAUGUUGGGUGGGUUCAGUGGAGCUGGUCGAUUCAAGAGUUCUUUGAAGUGUUCUACCCACCUGUUUUGUUGCUCUUCAAUGUUGGUGAUUACCUCGCCUUCCUUGCUUUUCACUGGUCGUUCUGGUUUGCGGCGAUUUCCAGAGAGUUUCUUUGUCGUGUCAUACAGUUGUCUCAUGUUUCCUUCUCUUGCAGCCUUUUCCGCCGUCGUUGCUAAAUCUUCCACAUAUUUACGUUUGUCGGUUGUGAUGCUCCUCUUCACUUGUUUGUUCACUUCUGUGUAUUCAGCUUCUGCUUUGGCUUUUUCUGCUCUUGUUCGGCUGGUAUCGAUUGCCGGUUUCUUGUUCCUCCUUUCUUGAAUCUUAUCCAGUGUAUCAAUAGUGAUCCAUUCCUUGUGAUGGUGCUUCUUGUGACCCAGGACCUCAUGACAUGUUGAAGCGAUUGCUUAUUUGAUCCCCUUCCAGUUGCUCUCCACAGAAGUUCCUUCUCCAUUGAGUAGAUCAUGAAAAGCCUGGAAUCUAUUGCUGAGGACUAUCUUGAAUUUGUUGAGUUUGUCAGUAUCCUGAAGAAAGGCCGUAUUGAACUUUUGUGAUAUUGUCCGCCCCGUUGUCCAGUGCUUCUUGAGUUUCAAUUUCAUCUUGGCGACCAGCAAGUGAUGAUCUGAUGCUAUAUCAGCUCCUCUCCUGAUCCUUACGUCUUCCAUCGUCCUCCUGAAUUUUUGUUGAUGCAGAUACGGUCGAUUUGGUUAUGCGUGGUGUAAUCCCGUGAAGUCCAUGUGGUUUUGUGAAUGCGUUCAUGUGGGAAUAUAGUGCCGCCUAUGACCAGUUUAUUAAAGGCACAUAGGUUUGCAAAUCUCUCACCAUUUUCGUUUCUUUCUUCCAGUCCGUGCCGUCCCAUGAUGUCUUCAUAUCUAGUGUUGUCCGUUCCAACCUUGGCGUUGAAAUCUCCCAUCAGAAUAGUCAGGUCCUUUGUUGGUCACUUCUCGAUGAUUGACUGCAGCCUAUUGUAGAAUUGAUUUUUAGCGUUUUCAUUGUGGUCGUUGGUAGGCGCAUAGCACUGGAUGAUGUUCAUUGAAAUGCCCUUUUUCUUUGUUUUGAAGGAGGCUUUGAUGAUCCUUGGUCCAUGAGAUUCCCAUCCUAUAAGCGCAUUUUGUGCUUGUUUGGACAGCAUCAAUGCAACUCCUUGUGUAUGUGGUGCAUUUUCUUCUUCAUGGCCGGAGUAUAACAGGAGCUCUCCUGUAGUUAGUCGUUGUUGUCCAACUUGUGUCCAAUGUGUUUCACUGAUCCCAAGCACCUCUAGGUUGUAUCUUUUCAUUUCUGCAGCAAUUUGGAAGGCUCUCCCGGUGUCCCACAUUGUACGAACAUUGCAUGUACCUAAGUAAAUGGUCGCUCUGGUUGUCAGAAGGGGCAUCGGCCUCGUAACUUCCGAAGGAAUUCGGCUUUCAUCAUGAGGCGUCAUAGUUCUUCUAAAUGAAGACCUGACUCCCAAGGCAGAGUUUAAAAGGUUUGAAUAAUUUUUUCUGGUUAUCGUUUUUUUAGCGAUUUAUUUUUCUACGGGAUGGGGACGCUAACCCCAUACCCAACCCUCCUCCUUUAUCCGGGCUUGGGACCGGCAGUAGCCCCCGGAGGGACUCCAGGCGGAGUAUCACUUAUAAGAAAAGAGGAACUGGUGAGGGUAGGAUUCCUACAAUUGAAGAACAUCUGUAACUCAAAACAACUGUCAUACAACACCAAACUUACUAAGUUUCAAAACAAGUUCUAUUGUACGGAGCUAAAACUUCGAAAACUAGCACAGUCGUCAUCGAAAACGUACAAUUGUUUAUAAAUAGCUAUUAAAGAUAUUUCAAAUCCAUUGGCUAGACACUCUCAGCAAUAAUCUUGUCUGACAGUGAACAAACCAGCUUUCAACUGGGGAGGAAAUCAGAAAAGGAUGCCCGAGGUGGACAGGACACGUCGCUAAAAUAAUCAAACUGCAUCAUAAGGCAAGUCCUUACUUGAAAUCCUCAAGGUGAAAGGAAAAUGGGCAGGCCAAUUUAUACAUGACGUUGGGAUCUGGACGCAGAAAUCAAGGAGAUGAAUAGCACUUGGCAACAAGUGGAGACGAGAGUCUAGGACAGUUGAUGAUACCUGGUCAGCGGCCUAUGCCCCACCAAGGGUAGUUGGUUUAUGGGUAAUGACCAGUACUUUCCUUCAUCAUAACACCCACCCUCAUCAAUUUGAACGUGGUGGUGGUACAAUGUGUAUAAAAGAUCAAAAACUAUGGCAAUCAUUUUAUGAUUUAGUUCAACGUGUAGAAGAAUGCUCAAGAACUGAUUACACUUUUGUUACUACCCAUUUAUUUAAGCGACUAUGGACUUUGAUUGAAAUUGUGCAGUUUUUUUAUGCAUAAACUAAUUCACUUAUGAUGCUUAACAUUGUUCAGUGUUUUUCUUUUUCUAACUUGUUUAUUUUAUGUCAUUUUCAUUCUUUCAAAAAAUUUAUUUUGUCCUAUUUUUUUUAUUGCGAAUACUUUUAUAUGAUUACUGAACAAAAUGUUAUCUCUAAAUGAUUAUUUAUUUAAAAUUGAUAUCAUGAAUGAAUGUUAGACAAUCAUUGAAAACCUGGAAGCAUUGGACGGCUGUUUCGUCCUAGCACGGAACUACUCGAUAGUACGAUCAUUUAUUUACUUAUUUCUUUGUUGACAAUUUAAAUGAAUCACAGAAACUUAUUUUACCAGCCUAGAAAAAAACGGCCAAGAGUUAUCGGUUGAUUGAAUAUUGAAGUUUUGUUUUUAAGUAAAACGAAUGCCCUGAAAUGAUGUGACUGCUUGUAGUCGUCAAGUGUUU